AUUUAUUUUAUUGUGGUCUCAUGAACAAGGGUACGGUACAGUAUUGUAUACAGUCUAUGGUACAGACCGUACAGACUUUAGCAUAACACCGGAAGAACUUGCGCAUGUUACAGGCAAAAUAGUCCGGCUUGCUCUUCAUCGCGGAACUAAGACAUCGCUGUAACCUUACACUUCAAAUGUAAAUUUGUAUUCCAUGCCUGUAUAUGUGUCCAUGCGCCACCUGUAAAGGAUCAUAAAUGUCGGACACUGGGGAUGAGUGGCAGGUAGCCCGGAGACGAAAAGGCGCCGCGCGGAAAUCUAAACUAGUUGACUUGUCAUCAAACUCAACCUGCCAUCAGGAGCAGCUUGACAUCGGAAAAACUAUCAAACGGAUCCAAGACACAGUGUCUGAGCUUAGGUGUGAGGAAUUUUGGCAGACGUGGAAAGAGCAGCUGUGGGUGGCAAAAUCAGCAGUCCUCUCAAAACCACCAGAGAACAAAAACAUAGAUGAACCGACCGAGCAGCCGGAAAGGAGAGAUGUUAAACCAUGCCAACAGAUGGAGUGUGUGUGUUAUGGCCUUGGCUCCUUUUCCUCCUGUGUGUCAGCUCGCUACCAGCUGGCGAUGUUGCUGCUGCUGCUGGAUUCUGGACAGAUUCCCCUAAAGGAAUGCUCUGUCUAUGACCCUGUAUUCUCCGAUGGAGAGAAGGAUGUUUUGAGAGAGUUGGGUCUCACUGUGCUCACAGAAAAUGAGGAGGGGAAGCGUUUGGCAACUAAGCCCACACUCUUUUAUCUGAUGCAUUGUGGAAAAGCCCUUUACAACAACCUUCUGUGGAAGAACUGGAGCACACAAUGUCUUUCUCUGAUGAUAGUCAUCGGAAACAGCUUCAGUGGCAUUAUGGAAAGGACGAUUGAGAGAGAAUUCAGAUGUGACUACAGCUACAUUACAGAGGCUGUGUCUGCGUGUGAGGAGAGACAGCUGCCUUGCCCAUCCAGAAUGAUUGACGUCUUCAGUGACACAGCAGUCAUCACAUUUCCAAGCAAUGGGCUUAACAGACUCCCACAAUCCACCUGGGCAGAGCUGCCUGAACCGCAGUACCAACACUGCCCUGAUUUGGAAAUAAUUCAGAAGGCAGCGCCAAGCUGAGACUGGAGAGGCACCCGAAAAUGAUGAACAUUUUUUUUUGUAUCAGUGUUGUUUCUACAAGCAUUUUAGUACAAAUAAACUCUACUUUAAAUUGAA